AUGAGCAAACAAGAAGCUACUGGUGGUAUGAGUAAAAAGGAACUAGUUAAAUGGAUAGAGAAAAUGGAUUAUGCAUACAUUCAAGUGAUGAUUAAACAACAAGAGAUGGGCAAUAUGAUACAUGAUUCUUUCACAUCACAAGUAUAUGCUAAAAUGGUUGAGGAGUUAAAUAGAAAUCAUCAAAUGAGUAUCACCAAAAUCCAUUUGAAGAAUCGCUACAAAACCUUAAAAGAAUAUUUUUCUUCAUGUCGUCACUUCUUCACCCUUAUGUCUCCCAUCUGCCACCGCCCCCUUCUUCACCUUCGGUCGUCGUCAUCACCAUCGAAGCUCUCCUUAGCCACCGAUGGCAUCACCAAGUUUGACAGCUCUUGUCUCCGUCUGCUGCCUCAUUGA